CGCGAGGUGGGCUGUGUUCCGAGAGGACUCCACCUCCACAGACCAUGCCCCAUCCAUCACAGGCUUCUGUCGAGAGAUGGUGAUGAGGCAAUCAAUUGCAAGGGUCUCGUGGCGGCCUCAGGCAGGCGCCACAUGACCCAAUCAGAUGGGCCUUGCAUGACAGUCUUGAUUAGAGUUUACACUGUGACGGGCACACUGUUCUUGGGAAUUUCUUCAUGGUUGACGUCGUGGAAUUUGACGGUUGCGCAGUACGAUACUGGAAUCACCCUUGUCCUCAAUUCACAAUGUCGCGCUCAUUAUCUCGCAAAAUCUACUCCGACGUCUUUGCCCGCUGGCCCAAGCAGGCCCUCCGACCGGAUCACCAACUCCAAGAUGUCCUCGGCAAGGCCGUAACCGAGCGAUACCAAAACUACAAGCCCUCUAUGGAGCGGGAGGAACUACUCAAGGCUCGAGCUUUGCAAUUCCUCCUCCAAGACCGAUACAACGAUCGAUUCAAGCUCAAGGGACGAUUGCUAGAGCCAAAGAGUCAGCCUACAUACUUUGAGGAUCUUGUUAGGGAGAUUGACGAGGCGCCGAAUCGAUCUUGGAUAGAGAGAUUGGGCAAGAGAUUGAGCGGUAUGAUUCGGUUCCAGUAAACGAGAGACGACAUGCGGACGGUUAUACAAAAGGAGACAUGGUUUGCCGGCGUGCAAAGGGUACUGAUGAUAUGAUAUGGUUGCAUUUGGCUGUACAUUAGCUGUAUUAAAAGCG